UUCAGUGCGGAAGAAGUAGUUUAAUUUUCUGUGUUAGACAGAGGACACUGACUAAGAUACACUGAAGAAAAUAACAAUGAUGUCUCUGCAAAUCUUCAUCUUCUUGUUGGUUGUCCUUUGUCUUACCAACUUUGUUGCAAGUGCAGAUGUGAUCAAAUAUAGAGGUGACAAUUUCACCAUGACGUUUCCUGCACCUCAGAAAGAAGCACUGGGUGUAUUUCUGCACAGCAGAAGUGAGAUCAGCCGACAAGUCUUCUACUACUUUUUUAAAACCAAGAAAUUAACUGUCCUUAAAGACUUUGAAGGACGUGUUGGAGUCAAAUAUGAUGAAAAGACCCUGACAAUAGACAUCAUUAACCUACAACUGACAGAUGCUGGGGCUUACUGGUGCACCUGCAAUCGUUUGCAGGGGGGAUGUCAAAUGGACGACAAAGGUCCUUUUCUUUUGGUGAAAGAGCCAGUGGCCAAUGUGGCCUCUUCCAAAAGUGCUGAUCAAAAGUCUGGUGGCAUAAAUGAAUUAAUGAUCCUAGUGAUGGCUAUCACAGCUGGCAGUGUGCUCUUACUGUUACUCCUUGUGUUUGGAGUGUGGCUGGUGCCCAAGAUUAAGAAACAGAUGAGAAGCAAAGAGAAAGGUGAAAAGGAGAGAAGGUGUAACAAUGGAGUGUAUGAGGUCAUGACUGUUCACCGAAAGGCAGAGUUUGCAUGAGAAAUUCACAUAAAUAUGAGACAUUCCCUAGUACUAGUAAGAUCCCUAGUAAUAGAAUAUAUAUAUAUAUUUAUAUGUAUA